AGGGACGCUAUAAAGCUGCUCUGUUGGGUUUGCUCUUGUCAAAAGUGCUGAAGAUGUGAGGAGGAGUGUGAAGGAACUGCUAAAGGAGCCGAAGGAACUUUCACACGUUAACGCGUUCCGUUCUGCUGGAGGAAUCUCGGGACAGAUUCGCUGAUUCUUUCUACAUUUUUUCUCAUUUUUUAGUUCUCUCUCUCUCUCUCUCUCUCUCUCUCUCUUUGCGCAACUCUUAAUUUAUACAUCUUUUUUUUAAAAGAAGAAGAAGAAAAAGAAACGUCUUUCCUCCUGAGCAGCCUGCGCUUAAAAUUAACGCGAUUUCAGUUUAGUUUCGUGUGUGUGUGUGUGUGUGUGUGUGUGUUUGACGUCGCCGUGAUGGGCGCGUGUCCCGCAGGCUCGGUGUCCGCGCUUCACCGGUGCGGUUCCCGGAACACACUCCUGGUGCUGGUGUGUUUGGUGUGCGGGAUAACGGGGACCUGGGGUCCGGGACUGUACAGCUACCACACCGGGACCUCGCGCAGCAAAGACCCGAGCAAAAGGAACUGGUGUCCCCAGACCGUGACUAAGACAGUGACGUGUCAGGUGCAGAAUGGGACGACUUUACAGCGGGUUUAUCAGACGUGCAGAUGGCCACAGGGAUGCUCCAGUGGCAGUUACCGUACAGUGGUCCGGCCCUCCUUUAAAGUGGUGUAUCGCACUAUCACAGCUCUGGAGUGGAAAUGCUGUCCCGGGUUCAGUGGAGCUCACUGUGAGGAAGGUUCUGCGAGCGGUAAUCUGGUGGCUCAGGAGGCCGUGAGAAAACAGGCAACUUUCCGCAAGUCCACGUUCCCCAAACCCUCAGAGCAGCUCUCCAGUUGUCUGAACUGCAGUAGUAUGGCAGCUCUCACUGACAGACUGACUUCUCUAGAGGAAAAGGUCCAGCUCCUUUCUGCCCACAGAUCUGCCUCGUCUGAAGGUGGAGGUGACCCCGAAUCCUCCUCCUCCUCCCUCAUGGGGGCUGCACCUGCCAGAGGAGCUCCAGGUGCACAGGGUCCUGCAGGUCCACAGGGUGAACGAGGCAGAGACGGGAACCCGGGAAAAGACGGAAAAGCAGGUUCUCAGGGUCUGCCCGGGCCGAAGGGGGAGGCUGGAGUGAGGGGACCAUCAGGUGCUCCAGGGUCUCGUGGAACACCAGGACCAGCAGGUCCUCAAGGCCCACCAGGUCUUCCAGGAGAGAGAGGUUUACCUGGACCUCCAGGACCUCCCGGACCUCCAGCCUCUGGCUCUGAAGACAGUGAGAAGAAAAACCUGCUGCUCUCCAACAGUUUCCCAGACCCUCGAGUGGCUCCUGCUCAGGGGCCUCAGGGGCCUCCGGGACCCAUAGGACCCCCAGGAGCCCGAGGCCCAGCCGGACCCCCGGGCCCAAUGGGACAAAGUGGAAAGCCAGGUUCCCCCGGUGUACCAGGACCCACAGGACCAAAGGGCGAGCGAGGAGAGAGAGGACCUCUGGGAUAUCCAGGAGAGAGGGGCUUCAAAGGAGAACCAGGUGAACCAGGGCCUAAGGGUGAGCCAGGGGAGAAAGGCCUUCCGGACGUUAGUUUGAAGAUGUUGCAAGACCUUCAAGCUGACCUGGAGCUGCUGGCUCGCAGGGUGCAGCUGCUGGAGGCGAUCAUCUGGCCAGAGCCAGAUGGAGGAUCCGGAGACGGUCCGUUCAGCACCUCGUCUACGGACUUCUUCCGGAACAAGCGUGCCGGGGUCCUGCCCUUCCGGGUCAAACCGCCGCCCCUCUUUACCGAGUCUAAAAUCCGAGGGAAGUCCUAAAGGGUCAACCUCUCGAUCCAGCUUGGACUGGCAAACCCUCACAAGUCCCUAUAACACGAACCGUCCUACAGAUCCACUCGCUCACUCUGGAACGUACCAUUCAAUAAGAAAAGGAGGGGGAAGGGGGAAACACCUCAGGGAAAGAACCAAGUGCUGCAGAAGUUCACCAUCUCAACUGGAAGUCAGUCUUUAACUUCAGACUCCAUUUUGCUUGUAAAAACAGAGAGAGAGAGAGAGAGAGAGAUGAAAUGUACUGUACACUCAUUCUAACGGUGCUGGAGUAACGGUUAUUUGGGACAAUAAGGGGACGAUACAAGCUGGUACACAUGACGGAGAAGAACAUCAGGUUAUUACUCGCUGAAGUCUCUUUAUAUAUAUUUUAACAGACCCCUUAGGGAAGGUAGGAAAUGUAUUGUAUGUAGGAAAGUACACACGUAUUCACUAUUCGUUUUUCAAACCUUUAAGCAAUAAAUUAGUUAUCCUCCCUAGCAUUAAAUGCACUAUUUUAGAUGUUUUUUAUUAUUAUUAUAUUAUUAUUAUUACUCGAGAAAUAAAAACGAAAUAGAACCCCCCCCCCCCCAUUGCGAAGGCUUUACGUUAAACCGAACUUACCUGACACUUGACGUUUUGACGUGGUGUAAUCUCUUUGUAUUUAUUUGUAGUUUCAUUGGAAUUUCUUACUACAGCGUCAUGAAGAACGAUCAGAGCUUUGGGUUUCCACUGCAGGUAGAACUAACGCCAAGUGCACACUACAUCAUCUCAGCCCGAGGUUUAUUUUAUUUAUCCGAUUUUUUCUGAGGUUGUACAGAGAUGAAACAUGAACCCUGCCCUCUACAGUCGUUCCUUCAUCAUAAAAAAAGUCAUGCUUGGAAACACUGCUGUUUUUUUCUUUCUUUCUUUUCAGCCUGAAGUUUAUUGAGCCAAAAAAACAUGAAAUGUACUGUAGAAACCCACAAUUUGGCAGGAAAUGUCCUGAAUCUUGGCUGAUACUGACUUUUCACACCAUUUUAACCAUUUGCAUAAAACAGCUUACAGUUUCCUAAGUGUUCAGCCAUAAACGUGGAGAUUUUGUGAUUUGGUGCUUGGACCCCUAUUAAUCGCUGCUUAUAGAAUCAUACUGAUCCUAUAAGCAGUGAUUAGUAGGGGUCCAAGCACCAGUAGGGUUCGAUAUUUUAGCUCUUAUUUUUGCCUAAAUUCACUACAUCACGUUACUUCGUGUCCAUUUUUGUCAAAGUCAUUAACGUUCUCACUUUUUUAAAAAGACGAUAGGAUUUUGGAAUCAGGUGCAUUUUUUACUUUUUCAAAUCGUUUUACUGAACGUAGUCGUAGAAAAGCAGAAUUUAAAGUUCAAAUCCUUGCUGAAAAAUCCAAAACAAGGACGAAUCAGAAAAAGCGGAAAAGUUUGUGAAUGGAAUUCUUCCCUCUGAUUGGACGUGACAUCUGUCACUCAAAAAACAAAUUUGUAUUCAUGCAGCAAAAACACUGAAUCUUAGGUAAAAAAAACCCUGGGUUGAAGUAGUGUAGGGUUCACUCGGCGUCCGUCACCUCUCUGAUUAACGAGGAUUCAAUUCUAAUGACUGCUAUUAAAAUAAAAACAAGACGAAAUGUUCUGGUCAAUCAGUCAGAGAUACUUACAGGGAAGUUUCUUUCUUUUUUUAAAAAAAAAAAAAAAAAGUGAUCUUGAUCAUGACCUACACCAUCUACAGAAGGUUCUUUAGGGUUCUCUGGCUGUUCUUCAGGAGAAUCUUUCAACCUUCUACAUGUAUAAAGACCUUUAAUUAAUCAGAGAACCCUUAAAGAAGAACUGUUUUUUCUUCUACAGAGCUACACACACACACAUCAGUUCAGGUGCUUCAGUGAGGGUCAUCCAUCCAUUUUCCUAAUUAGGGUCACGGGGAUCUGCUGGAGCAUUUCCAAGCACACAUUGGACAAAAGGCAGGGGUACACCCUGGACAGGUCACCAGUCCAUCACAGGGCCACACAACCACGGGCAAUUUAGAAUUACCAAUCAACCUAAUAUACAUGUUAUUGGACUGUGGGAGGAAACCGGAGUACCCAGAGUAAACCCACGCACAUGCAAACUCCACACAGAAAGGCUGCUGGGAUUCAAACCCAGGACCUGCUUGCUGUGAGGCAACAGUGCUGACCACUAAGCCACCGAGCUGCCCUACUGAGGAACAGUUCAUUAAAAAAUAAAUAAAUAAAAAUAAGUCUAAUUGAUGAGAAAAUUUACCUGCAACUUGAAUUUUUUAAAUUUUUUUUAUUUUGUCUGUUGCUUAAUAUCAUCCUCCUGACUGAUAAAACACUUGACUGACUUCCUUUUUUUCCUAAAUAAAGACUCGUCCUUUGUCUCGUUUUCUUUUUUUAAUCUCUAAUUGUUAAUUAUUUAAAAAGCAGUCAUGAGUUGAUGUUUCUGCGUUCUGUACGACGUCACACUGCGUGCCAGACAGUGCAGUGCAGUGCAGCGUCACACGGGAUUAUUCUCUUCCUUCGGUAUUUUACGGCUUUUCCAGUCUUUUUGCUUGGAUUCUGUCUUGUAAGUGUUUGGAAUGGUGUUAAAACAAUAAAGUGUUUCGUCUUCUU